UGGGAGUCAGAUACCGCGAGAACUGGUGUCCCAAAGAGGCUCUGACAAGCGCAGGCGCACUACGACGCUUCCCCCCGCCCCGCAUCGCGGCAGCGAAGGUGGCACCCGCAGGGAGAGGUGGGGCGGGCCUCUGGAACAAAGCUCGCGAGAUUUAAUCGUGUCACAGCUACUCCUUGCCGUCAGGGACCGGAAGUGCAGAGGGUGGGACGUCUUUGGCGCUUGCUCCACUGAGGUUGCUGCGCCGCCGGGCCCGGGUUCCUGGUCGCGGCUACCCUGGGCCGAAGUGAUGGGGGACCUCAAGGAGGCCGAGGCCGAGGCUCCGCCGGCCGGGGCCGCUGCUCGGGGAAGGCUCAGCCUUCUGCCGCAGGGAGAGCCCGAGGAAUCUUCUGCACAGGGAUCGGCUGUAUUCCUUGGAGGCAAUGAAGUGAAGAGCCGAGCCGUGGUGAAAUACUCGUCCGCACCUGCUCGCACAGCGUUUGCCCGCCUCCAAGAGAAAACAGACUUGAAGCUCCCACCUGCCAACUGGUUACGGGAGAGUGCCAAACUUGGGCCAGCAGGAACUACCAUUCUUGGCAAUAGUAAGAGAAGCAAGCCGUUUUCAAGUUUUGGUAUGGCGUACGACUUUAUUGAUUCGGUGGGAAAUGACGUGGAUGUUGUCUCUGACUCUGAAAACAUUAAAAAGCUCCUGAAGAUUCCAUACAGCAAGUCCCACGUGAGCAUGGCAGUGCACCGCAUAGGAAGGACGCUCUUGCUGGACGAGCUCGACAUCCAAGAGCUGUUCAUGAGGUCCUCACAGACUGGAGAUUGGACAUGGUUGAAAGAAUUUUAUCAAAGACUUAUUGACCAGAAGUGGCAGAGAAAGAAGAAGAGCAAGGAGCACUGGUAUCAGAAGGCUAUCCUUUCCAAGUUUUUAUAUUACAGUAUCAGUGGUGAUGGAGCUGCUCAGCCCGUCCCCUCUGCAGCAGACCAACAGGGAUCGUCCAGUCCAGCUCAGACAACUGAUUCAGAAAGGGCUUCGUGGCCCGCCCCUUUUGAAGUACCUUCUUCCGUUUCAGAAGAUCCCAGUGCUUCUAAUCAGGAAAGUGAGCCUUUUGAACCCUCAUACAUAGUGGGGCAUGUGGCCUCAGCACCCAAAGAACAAAACCUGACUACUUUAUUCAAUGACGGGGAGAACAGUCAGGGUCUUAAAAAUGAUUUUGUUCGGAAUAUUUUGUGGACGUUUGAAGAUAUACAUAUGCUGGUCGGCUCCAACAUGCCUAUAUUUGGAGGAGGCAGAUAUCCAGCGGUCAGUUUACGUCUCAGGGAUAACAACAAACCAAUUAAUGUGCUAACUGGAAUUGACUAUUGGUUGGACAACUUGAUAUGCAAUGUACCAGAGCUUGUGAUGUGCUUUCAUGUCAAUGGAAUUGUGCAGAAGUAUGAAAUGAUAAAGACAGAGGAGAUUCCCAAUUUGGAAAAUUCUAAUUUUUCUACUAAAGUCAUAAAGGAUAUUGCACAGAAUAUUUUAUCGUUUCUUAAAUCUAAUUGUACCAAAGAAGGACAUACCUAUUGGCUAUUUAAAGCAAGUGGCAGCGAUAUAGUGAAGCUGUAUGAUCUCACAACUCUCUGUGAAGAGACCGAGGACAAAUACCGAAACCCGUUCACAAUGCCAGUGGCCGUCCUCUUAUAUAAGGUUGCUUGCAACAUGAUGAUGAAGAAGAAUCAGAAUAAGAAGCACUAUGGGACUAUUAGGACAUUGCUCCUUAAUUGUGUUAAGUUGUUGGACAAAGGCAGGCAUCCUCAAAUUAUUGCUUCAGCCAAUUACAUGCUUUCAGAACUUUUUCAAUUGGAUGAACCUAAAAAAGAAGAAAGUUCAGAAUCUCCUUUAAAUGAGAACUCUGACGAAAGUUACAGCGAAGAGGAGGAGGAGGAGAUGGUGGACAGCGAUGAAAAUGGGCCCUAUAGCGCUGGAGCUGAUCCAUCAGAGGACAGCAAGGCGGUGGCUAUAAUCCAGUCUGUCGGAGAAUUGUCAGUGCCUGAAAAAUACAAAUCCAUCCAUCAAAUCAGACCGAGCUGUGCGUUUCCGGUUUGCCAUGACACAGAAGAGCGCUGUAGGCUGGUUCUCAGCUACGUUCUGGAGGGUUUGAAAUCUGUGGAUAACAGCAUCAAAAAAGAAAGCGACCUUCCCGCAGCAGACCCCAACACCCCGAUUCCACUAAAAUACGAAGAUGAAUCCAGCCGGGGGGGUCCUGAGGGCCUGGAGAAGCAGAUGGCCUUGUUUCUGGACAAAAUGGGCUCCCUUCAGAAGGGUAACUACUCCAGCCAGUCGGGGAUGAUCCCGGGCUCUUGGCAACAUAAGAUGAAGCUGCAGCUGAUCCUCAAGUCCUCCAAGGCCUACUACGUUUUGUCUGACGCGGCUAUGAGUCUUCAGAAAUACGGGCGAGCGCUGCGGUACAUUAAGUUGGCUUUGCAGAGCCACGAUACUUACUGCUGCCUCUGCACCAAUAUGCUGUCUGAAGUGCUGCUGUUUCUGUCUCAAUAUUUGACGCUCUGUGGUGAUAUCCAACUAAUGCUGGCCCAGAAUGCAAACAACAGAGCCGCGCACCUGGAAGAGUUUAAUUACCAAACAAAAGAAGACCAGGAGAUACUGCACAGUCUUCACAGAGAGUCCAGUUGUCAAGGAUUUGCCUGGGCGACCGAUUUAUCUACAGACUUAGAAAGUCAACUUUCAGUUAGUUGUAAAUGUUACGAGGCUGCUAAUGAAAUCUUACAGUUUAGUGACUUAAAAAGCCAGAAUCCAGAACACUACGUGCAGGUGUUGAAGAGAAUGGGCAACAUUAGAAAUGAAAUCGGUGUGUUUUAUAUGAAUCAGGCUGCUGCAUUACAGAGCGAGAGAGUAGUGAGCAAGAGUGUGUCUGCUGCAGAGCAACAUUUGUGGAAAAAAAGCUUUUCUUGUUUUGAAAAGGGAAUUCACAACUUUGAGUCCAUCGACGAUGCUACAAACACCGCCCUUUUAUUGUGCAACACGGGAAGGCUUAUGCGAAUUUGUGCGCAGGCGCACUGUGGGGCUGGGGAUGAAUUUAAACGGGAAUUUUCACCGGAAGAAGGCUUGUACUAUAAUAAGGCUGUUGAUUACUAUUUGAAAGCUCUCCGGUCACUGGGUGCCCGAGAAAUGCACCCCACCGUGUGGGAUUCGGUGAAUUGGGAAUUGUCCACUACUUAUUUUACGAUGGCAACUCUGCAGCAGGAUUACGCUCCGCUGUCUAGAAAAGCUCAGGAGCAGAUUGAAAAAGAAGUCAGCGAGGCAAUGAUGAAGUCCCUGAAGUACUGUGACGUGGACUCGGUGUCUGCUCGGCAGCCUCUCUGUCAGUACCGGGCUGCGACCAUCCAUCACAGGCUGGCUUCAAUGUACCACAGCUGUCUACGGAACCAGGUUGGUGACGAGCAUCUGAGGAAGCAGCACCGAGUGCUGGCGGAUCUUCAUUACAGCAAAGCUGUAAAGCUUUUCCAGCUCCUGAAGGACGCUCCGUGUGAACUCCUUAGAGUACAGCUAGAAAGAGUAGCGUUUGCAGAAUUUCAGAUGACCAGUCAGAAUAGCAAUGUUGGAAAAUUAAAAACACUGUCUGGGGCCCUUGAUAUAAUGGUGAGAACUAAGCAUGCAUUCCAGCUCAUCAGAAAGGAGCUUAUGGAGGAAUUUGACCAGCCUGAAAGUGAUGGACCUCCCCCAGCUGCCGAGUCGUCUCGCGGUCUUGAUCAGGAAGAAGUGACAAAGCUCCUCAGCAUCUUUGAAUCUCGCUUGUCAUUCCUUCUCCUUCAGUCUGUCAAACUGCUCUCUUCAACUAAAAAGAAAACAAGCAGUAACACGGAAGAAGACGUGGUCCUCAAAGCCAACAAGCAGAUCUACUCCCAGCUUUUGAGAGCGACCGCAGACAGAGGCACAGCUGUCUUGGAAAGAAUCGAUGUUGUGGUCCAUUUGCUGGAUCAGCUUGCCUGCAGCGGCAGCGCCGGUCAGUGACCUCGCGCGUGGAUCUGCUUCCGCAGAAAUGCUGUCAGUGCCUUCCAGCCACGGGAGCCAGUCUGUCCACUUGGUGCUUCAUUCCAUUAAAUGCGACGAAUAUGCAUUUAAAACAGGUACAGCAGCGGAAACACGGUUUUCGCUUCCCACAACUCAUGGAUUCUGGUUGGGUUCUUUGGCUUCUGCACGUGAAAUGCUACGAUCAGAACCAAACCUCCAUCUCCCCGCGUAGAUUUCUCUGAGAAGCACAUGGUACCUCAAUACCAGUUGACUUGCUGUAAUGCAAUCACACUUUUACGUAUUUUUGAAGUAUGUUAAGCUAGUGGGUUUAAGGUAUGAUUAUUUUGGAUAAAAUGUUACUUUGGCCAGAGGAACUUUUAUCCCAAUGAUUUUACUGGCUUAAGAGAAUUGAAGAAGCUCCUGCACAUCUACAGCGUUUCCUUCUAAUCCGCACGCCACAGAAGGGCGCCCAUUUUUAGCUCAGUGCGGGAUUUUUCAGAGACUAGCCGUUGUGCAAUUUUCUGUACUUAGUGCACGUUCUAAGGGAUUAGCUUUUCUUUGACUUUAUAUGGCUGUUGAUCAAGAAUAGGUACUACCCCUUCUUUUUUCCUUUUUAAACUCAAAACUGUGAAUAAGUUAAGAAUGCUAUUUUGAAUAAAUAAACUAUUUAUUUUCAAUGUCUAUGUAUUUUUCCAUGUCACAUUCUUCAGAGUUUUGAUUUAAACUAGAUCGAAUAAACUUCACAAAGUAAAGAUCAAAGCAUUAGAAG